AUGCAAAAGGAGAACCCACCGGACAGUGACGGCCUGGAGGCUGUCCCCGACGGCGAUGAGAUUGUGCGCGAGGACGAGAAGAGCAAGCUGGUCGGCAACGUAUUCAGCAGCGUCGCCUCCAGCUACGACGUCAUGAACGACCUCAUGAGCGCUGGGCUGCACAGGCUCUGGAAGGACAGGCUGAUCUCAAAGCUGAAUCCUUUUCCCGGGAUGAAGCACCUCGACGUGGCCGGUGGGACAGGGGAUGUUGCGUUCCGUGUAGUCGAAAGAAUUAAGAGUGUGAGCCACAGAGCUACGCAGGGUACUCUUACUGAUAUGGAAGAAGACACUCACAUUUAUGUUUGUGACAUUAAUCCAAAUAUGCUAGAUGUUGGAAAGAAGCGUGCUACCGAAAAAGGCUACAAUGAAGAGCAGUGCCUUAGUUGGGUACAGGGAGAUGCAGAAGCUCUUUCUUUUGAGGAUGGGUCUAUGGAUGGCUAUACUAUUGCAUUUGGGAUCAGAAAUGUUACACACAUUGAGAAAGCUCUAUCAGAAGCUUACAGAGUUCUAAAGAAAGGAGGAAGGUUCCUAUGCUUGGAGUUGAGUCAUGUAGAUGUUCCAGUUUUUAAAGACAUUUACGACAUCUAUUCAUUUUCUGUGAUUCCGGCUGUGGGAGAGCUAGUUGCUGGUGAUAGGCAGUCGUACCAAUACUUGGUCGAGAGCAUUCGUCGGUUUCCAAAACAGGAAAAGUUUGCUCAGAUGAUCCAGGAAGCUGGAUUUGAAGCGGUCGAAUAUGAAAAUCUGGUGGGCGGUGUAGUUGCCAUUCACUCUGGAGUGAAACUGUAG